AGGAUGCGGCUGCUAUCAUAAGGCUCUGACGGCCGCCCCCUCCCCGCAGUCAUGGCCAUGGCUCUGCUGCCCGUCCGCUGCCUGCGCCUCUUCCCCCUCCGCCCCUCGCAGCUCCCAGCCCCAACCCGCGGGCUGAGCGGGGCCCGGGGGGGUCCGACCCCGGUUCUACCCCUGGGCCGCCGGCUGGCCGUGGUGACGGCGGUGGGGGGCGCGGCUGGAGGUGCGUGGCUGUAUUUACGAGCUCGGAAGGAACGGGAGCGGCGGGAGAGACGGCAGCGGGAACUGCGAGCUUUGGCGCUGGGACAAGGCAACUUCCAGCUGGUGGAUCACCGCGGGCGGCCCCGCUGCAAAGCCGACUUCCGCGGUCAGUGGGUGCUGCUUUACUUCGGCUUCACGCAUUGCCCCGACGUCUGCCCGGAGGAGCUGGAGAAACUGAGCCGGGUGGUGGAGCUGUUGGACCGCGACGCGGCUCUGCCCCGGGUGCAGCCGCUCUUCAUUACUGUGGACCCCGAGCGCGACGAUGUGGCGGCGGUGGGACGUUACGUGCGGGAUUUCCACCCGCGGUUGCUGGGGCUGACGGGGAGCCCUGAGCAGGUGAGGGCGGUGAGCAGCGCCUACCGUGUCUACGCCAGUGCCGGGCCCAAAGAUGAGGAUGGUGAUUACAUUGUGGACCACACCAUCAUUAUUUACCUGCUGGCACCUGACGGGCUCUUCCUGGAUUAUUACAACCGCAGCAAGACAGCUGACAAGAUUGCUGAGAGCGUGCGGCGACACAUGGAGAGCUAUGAGCCACUCCUUGACUGAGUAGUGCAGCCCUGCCAGGA